GAGGCGGGUUGGAGUUUAAAUCCUGCCGGCCAAUGGGGAGCGCGCUCGGGGCGCCGUAACGCUCCGGCUCCAGGUUUGAAAAUUGGUUCAGUCGCAGCAGGAGCCGCCGCCGGCCCGGGAGUCGUUGCUGGGCUUCCGUGACGGCUCUGGGUGCGCCCGCAGGGGGAGCGGAGGCGCAGCGCCGGCAGGAGCGGGAGGGCGCAGAGGAUGAGCGCGGCGGUGCCCAGCAGGGGGUCCCGCCCGGGGUCGGGGACGGCGGCGACGGCUGCGCCUGGCGGGGGCAGCGGCAAGAGCCGGGGGGCGCCGGAGAGCAAGGCCAUACCGGAGGUGCUGGUGGACCCGCGGAGCCGUCGGCGCUACCUGCUGGGGCGCUUCCUGGGCAAGGGCGGCUUCGCCAAGUGCUACGAGAUCACCGACGCGGAGAGCAAGGAGGUCUUCGCCGGCAAGAUCGUGCCCAAGUCGCUGCUGCUGAAGGCGCCGCAGAAGGAGAAGAUGGCCAUGGAGGUCGCCAUCCACCGCAGCCUCCAGCACCGCCACGUGGUCGGCUUCCACGGCUUCUUCGAGGACAGCAGCUUCGUCUUCGUCGUCCUCGAGCUCUGCCGGCGGCGGUCCCUUUUGGAGCUACACAAGCGGCGGAAAGUGCUGACGGAGCCAGAAGCCCGCUACUACCUGCGGCAGAUCAUCCAAGGCUGCCAGUACCUGCACAGUAACAGGGUCAUCCACCGCGACCUCAAGCUGGGCAACUUGUUCCUUAAUGAUGACAUGGAGGUGAAGAUAGGUGACUUUGGCUUAGCCACCAAAGUAGAGUACGACGGUGAGCGGAAGAAGACGCUGUGCGGGACGCCCAACUACAUCGCCCCAGAGGUGUUGGGCAAGAAAGGCCACAGCUUCGAGGUGGAUGUCUGGUCCAUCGGCUGCAUCAUGUACACCCUCCUGGUUGGGAAGCCACCCUUUGAAACCUCCUGUCUGAAAGAAACGUACAUCCGAAUUAAGAACAACGAGUACACCAUUCCAACGCACAUCAACCCUCUAGCUGCUACCCUCAUCCAGAAGAUGCUGCGGUCUGACCCGUCUGCGCGCCCCACCGUUGACGAGCUGCUGAGCGACGACUUCUUCACGACGGGCUACAUCCCUUCCCGGCUGCCCACCACCUGCCUCACUGUGGCCCCCAGGUUCUCUCUGGCCCCGACCGGGUUUGACCCCAGCGGGAGAAAGCCUCUCACAGUGGUUAACAAAGGACCAGAGAGCCCUGUGCUAGACAAGCUGCCUGAGAAGGAAGAGGAGGUGGUCCUGCGGGAGCCAAGUGGGCCGGGAGACAGCCACCUGGCCGACCUGCUGCAGCAGCUGACCCUGGUCAACGCCUCCAAGCCCUCGGAAAGAGCACCAGUUAGACAAGAGGAGGCCGAAGACCCAGCCUGCAUCCCCAUCUUCUGGGUUAGCAAAUGGGUGGACUACUCGGACAAGUACGGCCUAGGCUACCAGCUAUGCGACAACAGCGUUGGGGUCCUCUUCAAUGACUCGACACGUCUCAUCAUGUACGACGACGGGGACAGCCUGCAAUACAUUGAGCAGAACGGCUCCGAGUCAUAUUUCAACGUCCGCUCUUACCCAGAUGCUUUCAACAAGAAGAUCACGCUGCUGAAAUAUUUCCGGAACUACAUGAGUGAGCACUUGCUGAAAGCGGGGGCCAACAUCACCCCCCGAGAGGGAGAUGAGCUGGCGCGUCUCCCCUACUUGUGCACGUGGUUCCGCACUCGCAGUGCCAUCAUCCUGCACCUGAGUAAUGGCACUGUGCAGAUCAACUUCUUCCAGGACCACACCAAGGUCAUCCUCUGCCCCUUGAUGGCGGCCGUCACCUACAUCAAUGAGAAGCGGGAGUUCCGCACCUACAAGCUGACCCUGGUGGAGGAGUUUGGCUGCUGCAAGGAGCUGGCCAGCCGCCUCCGCUACGCCCGCACCAUGGUGGAGAAGCUGCUGAGCUACAAGUCGGGCUCUGCCUCUACAAAGCCUAUCACUUAGCACUCUUCUCCUGCUGCUGGGACAGACUCUUCUGGUUCCAAAACUGUUAACAGGCCCUGGCUUUGUGGUCCUCCCCUCCCAGCCGGAGCCAUCUCUGCCUGGCCGGGUUCGGGCAGAAAGAGGCAGGCCCAAGAGCAGCAUGUAGCCAGGCAAUGCUCCCUACAGGGGACCCAGCAAUGGACCCCAGCCUAGAAAACUCUUUAACUGGUUUUUUAAAAAAGGAUUUGUUUUCUCCUGAUUCUGCUGGAGAAGCAGCCCCCUUUUCUUCCUGUUCGCACCCACCCCAUGCAGAGGUCUGUCUGGGGAGCCUUCCUCUUCUGGGUGCUCCAUCCCUUCUCAUCUUCCUCCUGUGGUUACAGUGUCUGGAGGUGUUGCUCUUGCCUGUUUGUUCUUUUGCCUCUCAGCCACCACAGCUUUUAAUAUUGAAACUAAACUCUGCCUCAAACUAAACCUUUUGUACAUUGCUCAAUAAAGAUGAUUAUUUGGAAACUGCAGAUGUA